AUGCUCUAUACUGCUCCUCACGAAGAUGCUGUCAUGCCAAUUGCUAUCAUUGGGAUCUCAGGGAGGUUUCCUGGUGACGCAGAAAAUCCCCAGAAGCUCUGGGAUAUGAUAUUCGAGGGGAGAAGCGCUGCGACUAGGAUUCCAUCUGAUCGAUUCAACGUCGAUUCAUUCUACCACCCAAGUACCGAACGUUUUGGAACGAUGAACGUUAAGGAAGCCCAUUUCAUGAAGAGAGAUAUAUCCGCAUUCGAUGCCCCUUUUUUCAAUAUUCCUGCUGCGGAGGCCAAGGCUAUGGAUCCACAACAACGUAUGGCACUGGAAUGCACGUACGAAGCUCUAGAGAAUGCUGGAAUUCGUAUGGAAGAUGUGUCAGGGUCCGACACCUCGGUCUACGUGGGCACAUUUACAAGGGACUAUUACGACAUGCUGGCACAUGACACCGAUAACGUCCCCACGUAUCAGCCAACGGGGACGGGUCUCGCUAUGAUGUCUAACAGAGUCUCUUGGUUUUUCAAUUUGAGAGGCCCUUGUAUUAGUAUCGACACCGCCUGCUCAUCGUCAAUGGUUGCCCUUCACCUUGGCUGCCAAAGCCUUCGUACAGGCGAAUCAAAACUUUCUAUUGUCGGUGGGACCAACUUAAUGAUUGGGCCUGAUAUUAUGAGUGGAAUGACCCGAUUACACUUUCUGAGCCCAAAUGGGAAAUCACACUCUUUUGACCACAAAGCUGACGGCUAUUCUAGAGGCGAAGGGGCUGGAUUCUGCAUCCUAAAACCUCUUCAUCUGGCUAUUAGGGAUAACGAUGUUAUUCGUGGAAUUAUCCGUAACACGGGAGUUAACCAGGACGGAAAUACCCCUGGAAUUACGUUACCUUCGGCAAAAGCACAGGAGAUGUUGAUCCGAAAAGUCUAUGCCGACGCUGGGUUGAAUUUGGCGGAUACAGCAUAUGUCGAAGCCCAUGGCACCGGAACAGCAGCUGGUGACCCAGUUGAGGCGUCCGCUCUUUCAGCUACUUUUGGGAAAGCCAGAGCUCCUGGAGACCCCAUUUGGAUAGGAUCUAUAAAGUCGAAUAUCGGGCAUUUGGAAGGAGGUUCAGGCCUUGCACAAGUAAUAAAGGGUAUCAUGAUGUUAGAAAAGGGCGAGAUUCCACCAAGUCUCUGGUACGAAAAGCCUAACCCACGAAUUCCGAUGGAAGACUGGAAUCUUGCCGUCCCAACUGAGCUUAUGUCCUGGCCAAAAGACGGACUGCGCCGGAUCAGUAUCAACUCUUUUGGGUAUGGUGGAACUAAUGGUCACUGUAUCAUCGACGAUGCAUGCCAUUAUUUGAUAGCUCGGGGUUUAUCUGGGAAUCACAAUGUCCAGAUCUUCAGUGGAGCGUCGCCUACUUCAAGUCCCGAUUCCGGGAUUGACACGACCUAUGAUGUCGACGUCAUGAGCCAACUCAGCGAUGGGACCAAACAGUGGAAAUCUCUCGAAGGAAUUUUGGGAAACCGACUCGAAGCGCGCCUACCCCCUGCCCCAAAACUUCUAGUAUGGAGUUUACACGACCAAGCCGGCAUUUCGCGAACUUCGAAUGAUUAUAGAGCAUACCUCGAUGCCAGACUUAAAGAUACAUCGACUGAAACGAUAGAGGGGAAUCAUGAUAGGAAACUCCUCUGUAAACUCGCUCGUACCCUUGCCGGGCGGCGUAGCAUUCUUCCGUGGAAGUCAUAUAUUAUCGCAACAUCAUGCGAAGAAGCUCUUGAGAAAUUGUCGAAGCCCAUAAAAAAUGUCCGAUCCAAUGACAAGUUGGAUCCAAAUUUGGCGUUCGUCUUUACUGGUCAAGGUGCACAGUGGUACGCUAUGGGGCGUGAACUUCUAACACUCCCUGUGUUUAGAGAAAGUCUUGAAGGGGCAGGAAGAUACUUCGUACAAUUAGGAGCGCCUUGGUCACUUAUAACUGAGAUUUGGAAAGAUGAAAGGACAUCAAAGCUGGAUUCAGCAGACCUGAGCCAGCCUGUAUGUACCGCCCUUCAAAUUGCGUUGGUCGACUUGUUGAGAAUGUGGAAUAUCUUUCCAAAAGCCGUUGUCGGACAUUCAAGUGGUGAGAUCGCCGCAGCUUACGCUAAAGGAGCACUCUCACGCGAGGACGCUUGGGCGAUCGCUUAUCACCGUGGCCACCUCUCGAACUGCAUUCGGGGCUUCGUUCCCCAACUCCAGGGGUCUAUGUUAGCUGUUGGGCUCGGAGCCGGAGAUAUACAAGCAUACAUCUCCCGUGUCACCGAAGGCAAGGCCACCAUUGCUUGCAAAAACAGUCCCUCUAGUGUAACACUGUCGGGAGACUCCGUAGCCAUAGCCCAACUAGAGAAGUUACUCAAGGAUGAUGGCCAUUUUGCGAGGAAGCUCAAAGUGGAUGUCGCCUAUCACUCGCCACACAUGCAGGUUAUUGCGGACAGAUACUAUCGAGCUAUUAGUGAAAUCACACCUCUCCCCGAGGGCCGAAGCAUAGUGAAGAUGUUUUCGUCUUUGACUGGGAACCUAGCACACAAUUCCGAGUUUGGCCCUUCGUAUUGGGUGGCUAAUAUGGUUGGCCAAGUAAAUUUUACCGCAGCAGUUGAACGUAUGUUCACUUAUUCAGAAGAGAAAACGAAGGGGCGGGCGAGGAAGGGGUUUGUUAAGCACUUCAUCGAACUUGGCCCCCAUUCUGCGCUCAAAGGCCCGCUAAAUCAGAUAUUAGGCCAGGAUACAUGGAAGUCGUUCGCGAAAGACUAUACGUACCAAUCUAUACUCUUAAGAGGCGCAAACGCUUGUGAAACUGCGUUUGCUGUUGCGGGUGAGCUGUACCAGUCUGGAUAUAGCGUGGACGUUAAUGCUGUCAAUGAGCAGAGCCUUUCCGACGACUUCUUAGUUGAUCUACCUCCUUUCAGCUGGAAUCAUAAUGCCAAGCAUUGGGCGGAAUCUUUAUUUUCCAAGGCACAUAGAUUCCGCGACCACCCUAGACAGGACCUCCUUGGUCUACAAACUCACGAGCGUCUGACAAAUGAACCCCGGUAUCGUAACACCCUUCGGGUGACGGAGGUACCUUGGAUAGAGCAGCAUAAGGUCCAAGGUACCAUACUUUACCCUGCUGCCGGAAUGGUAAUUAUGGCUAUUGAAGCCAUGUCCCAAGAUGCUGCGAAGGAUCGUGCAAUUGACAGCUAUGAGCUUCGCGAUGUUAUUAUUGGUAAAGCUAUUGUAGUUCCUAAUGACGAAGACGGUGUUGAAACCAUGCUCUCGAUCAAGCCUUACCGCACCGGAUCGCGAGCCCUCACUUCGACUUGGCAGGAAUUCCAGAUUUACUCACGCAAAGAAGCAUGGGAAUUAAACUGCUCGGGUUUGAUCCGCAUCAAUUAUAAGGAGACUGCUAACACAACUUUUGAGGACGAAAGCGUGAUGCUUGCAACGAAGCUUUCAGAAGAGUAUCAUCGCAUGCGAGAAGAUUAUUCCCGGGCCCAACACCCACGGCAAUUCUACGACCAUCUCCAUGCUGUCGGCCUUCAAUACGGUCCUGUUUUCCAGAACCUAAUCGAAAUAAAGAAGGGCAACUUCUGGAGCGCUUGUAAGUUAAGGAUUCCGGAUACGAAGAGCAUUAUGCCUCAUAAUUUCGAGUACCCUCACAUCAUCCACCCCGCUACAUUGGACGGCAUUAUCCACAUGGCCUGGCCGUCAUACACUAAUGUAGGCGACAAUAUCACCUCGGCUAUGGUACCGACAGGUAUCGGUCGUUUAGUUAUAUCAGCGGAUAUCCCGAAUCAGCCCGGUGAAGUCCUGUCCGGCUACUCUAAGCGGAACAAGACCGACUCCGGAAACGACGAAUGGUCUAUAUCUGUGGCUAACGCUCAAUGGAACAAGCCACUCGUUAAUUUUGAAGGUAUAAAGUACGCCGUUGUCCAUGAUGCUAACCAAGAUGACGCUACCUCCGCCCAGUCCUUACAAAAACUCGCUACGGUCCUCGAAUGGAAGCCGGAUGCGUCUCUUAUGGACCGUGAGCAACUCAAAAAUUACAGUCUCAAUGCUGUGAAACACAUUGUGAGCCCCAGUCGCAAGUUGCUGGAAGAACUCGAAAUCGCCAGUUUAAUAUAUAUCAAACGUAUUGUAAACGAUCUUUCUCUGUCUGAAAUCGAGAGUCUCCCGUGGCAUCUCAAGCUCUACAACAACUACAUGUGCAAGCGCUAUUAUAUGGGCAAGAAGCGACAGCUUUGCUAUCAAACCCCAGAUUCCAAUUGGCUAGACCUAGGGGAGCAAGCCGAGUCCGAGCUGCUGGAACGUGUGUCCAAGUCUUCUCCCGACGGCGCUAUCCUAUGUGCACACGGUAAACAUCUUCCGCAGAUUUUCCGCGGACAGAUACCACCUCUUCAAGUUCUUAUGCACGACGGCCUUCUCCACGACUGGUACAAAUCUUCACUGGGUCUGGAACGUCAUAACAGCCAAAUGGUAGCUUACAUCCAGCUGCUGGCCCAUAAGAACCCCAACAUGAAUAUCCUCGAAGUAGGAGGAGGUACGGGUGGCGUGACCUUACCUAUACUCAAGUCGCUCGGCGGUUCCAAUAAUACCUCGCCGCGCUUCAAAAAGUACACUUUUACUGAUAUAAGUCCCGGCUAUUUCGAAAAGGCCGCCGACAAAUUAGCUGCCUGGACUCCGUUUAUGGAGUACAGCAAACUUAACAUCGAGCAGGACCCUACCUUUCAAGGAUUCCAAGAGCACUCCUACGAUCUAAUCAUUGCGUCGAAUGUGCUACAUGCUACCAGGUAUCUAGCGCAAACCUUGAAACAUAUCCAUAAACUAUUGAAACCAAAUGGCAAACUAGUCCUCGGCGAAAUAACGAACCCAGCCGGGAAAAUGAGAUCCCAUAUGAUUGUGGGCUCGCUUGAAGGCUGGUGGUAUGGCGAGGACGACGGGCGUCACGGAAGACCGUAUCUAACCUUAAAUAAAUGGAAUGAUCUUAUGCUUGAAGUGGGGUUUUCCGGCGUGGAGGUUGGCUUCUCGGAUUUCGAGGACGAAAUAGAUGUGACCAAUUCUGCCAUGGUCACUACUGCUACCGCACCCAAACCCCCGGAUACCUCGCAAGAAGUCAUGAUUGUUCUGCCAACAGCCCCUGGUCAGGAAGAGAUAUCUAACUUUGCAGACAAUGUCGCAUCUCGAAUGAGGGAGGCUGGCCGCGAUGUGAUAAUCAUGAGACUACAAGAUACUCCUAAUAUCGAUAUCAGGAAUAAGUCGUGUCUCAUUCUGGUCGACAUUGGGAAUAAAGAAGGCUUCCUCACUAAUGUCUCUACUGAAGACUGGGAUGCCCUAAAGAACCUCAUCUUUACGUCCCAAAGCGCUACAUACGUAACACGCGGCGGCACUAUCAACAGCGAAAACCCUCAAUCUAACCUCAUAACUGGCUUAUCGAGGACCAUCCGCUCCGAGAACCCUACCAUUGCCCUCUCCACGUUGGAUUUGGAUCCGAAUGUUCCUAUAAAUACCGACGACACUAUCGCCGAAGUCGUCAAAGUGUUCACGGCGUUAACGAAUUCCAAAGGCUUAGAGCGCCAGGACUGGGAGGUCGCUAUAAGGGACAGCGUCCCAAUAAUCCAAAGGGUCGUUCUGGAGAAGGGCCUAAACGAUCUAAUCAAAACAUUACAUACGGUUCCUCAGCCUGAACCGGCCCCUUUCAAGCAAGAUGGUCGGCCGUUAGUACUCCAGAUUGGUUCUCCCGGAAGACUCGACACGCUGCGGUUCGCGGACGAUCUUACCGCUCUGGAGCCGCUUUCCAGCCACGAAGUCGAGAUCGAAGUAAGGAGCGCGGGCCUCAACUCCAAGGACGUUAUGGCCGCGACGGGCCAGUUCUCGCAGCAUGACCUCGGCCUUGACGCAAGUGGAAUCGUGAGCCGCGUCGGCCGCGAAGUCAAGGCGUUCCGGCGCGGAGACAAGGUGAUGACGUGGAAGAGGGGGACGUUCAGAAAUUACAUCCGGACAGACGAGUCCAUGGUCCAAUUCAUUCCGGAAGACUUCGAUUUCAACGUAGCGGCCUCGGUCCCAUUCGUCUACAGCGCGGCAUACUACGCUCUCGUCAACGUUGGAAAUGUACGGAAGGGGGAGACGGUGCUGAUCCACAGCGCGGCCGGCGGCUUCGGACAGGCUUCAAUUGCGCUUGCCCAGUACUUCGGCGCCGAGAUCUUUGCUACGGUCUCGUCGCGCGAGAAGAAGCAGCUGCUGAUAGAUACCUACGGGGUGCCCGAGGACCGUAUCUUCAACAGCCGCGACGCGAGUUUUGCGCAGGCGGUUAAGCGGCGCACUGGUGGGCGUGGGGUAGAUGUGCUGCUGAACACGCUCACCGGCGAUGCGCUGAGGGAAUCGUGGCAUUGCGUUGCGCGCUUCGGCCGGUUCGUCGAAUUGGGGCAGAGGGACAUCGAUGGGAACACCGGGCUUGACAUGGCGCCCUUUAUCAAAAACGUGUCCUUCCACUCCGUCAACAUGAUUGAUCUCAUGGACCACGAUGUCCCCGCCGCAGCGAAAGUGUUCCGCGAGGUCAUAGAUCUGAUCCGUGCGGGCGUCGUAAAGCCCGUCACGCCAAUCACCACGGUGCCUUUCUCGAAGGCGGAAGAGGCUUUUAAACUCAUGCAAACUGGCCAGCACGCCGGUAAGCUGGUGCUAGAAGCAGUCGACGGCGAUAUUGUUCAAGCCAUCCCUCCGAGUAUAGCUCCAGCGCAUUUCUAUCCCGAUGCAACAUACGUGAUCGUAGGCGGUACGGGUGGUCUAGGCGGUUCCAUCGCCAACUGGAUGGCGGAAUCCGGUGCGAAGAACAUCCUCCUCCUAUCUCGUUCAGGGGCCAGCAAGGCGUCCGUCCCAGACUUGUUAGCCCAACUCGCUAGUCAAGGAGUCAGAGCGGACGCAUGGGCGUGCGAUGUUGCGGAUGAACACCAACUGCAGAUAUGUUUGGAUAGAUGCAAUACGGAGAAUUGGCCUGCUAUUCGCGGCGUGGUCCAAGGGGCUAUGGUGCUUAGAGACGGUAUCGCCCAGAGUAUGUCGUCGGAACAAUUCCUCGCCACAACUCGAAGCAAGGUCCAGGGAAGCUGGAACUUACACCGCCAUCUCCCUGAAGACCUCGACUUCUUUGUGAUGCUUUCGUCUAUUGCCGGCAUCGGCGGCUCUCGCGGCCAAGGCAACUACGCAGCGGGCAACACGUACCAAGACGCGCUAGCGCACCACCGCCGCAACCUCGGCCUCUCAGCGUGCGCGAUCGACGUCGGCAUGGUGCUCGGCGCGGGCUUCCUAUCCGACGAGACGACGGACGACCGGGUCCUCGAGAACAUGCAGAGCUGGAUCGUGAUCGGGAUCUCGGAGAAGGAGUUUCUGAGUAUCCUCCAAGCGGCGAUCACGGGACGGAGCUCCAACUCCAGCUCCAGCUCCGACGACGACGGCGCGCGCGUGCCCCCGCAGGUCAUGACGGGCCUCGGGACGGGCGGGAUACUGCUGCGCGGCGCGAGGGAGGAGCCGUACUACUACAAGGACGUCAAGUUCGCGCAUCUCGCGGAGGUCGAUACGCACCAGCUGGCGAGGGCGACGCACGAGGACACCGUGCAGCUCCGCGCGCAGCUCGCGCAGGCGGGCAGCAUCGAGCAGGCCGCGGACAUCGUUGCGGAGGCACUGGUGAAGAAACUUGCUAAGUCGAUGAUGAUAUCAGCCGAGGACAUCGAGAUCUCGAGACCGGUAAGCAGCUACGGCGUUGAUAGCUUGCUUGCCGUCGAGCUACGGUCUUGGAUAUACUCGGAGAUACAGUCGGAUAUCUCGGUGUUCGACCUGCUGAGCAAGACCGCCCUCGCGUCGCUCGCGAGAAAGAUAGUUCUGGGCUCGAAGGCGAUAUCGGAUGCGGUGAAGGAGGCGGAGUAG